AUGGGAAUCCAGGUACUGCGAACAAUCAUAGAAGCAGGAAAUCUGAUAGUCGAGUCUCAGAAUAAGGGAGCCUUCUUACUCGAAUCUUACCUAGACAUUGCACCCGAAGAGACAGCCGGAUCAUGGAGCAAAGCUAGCUUCGCUUGGCUUGCUUUGAUGCUCUUCACUGGGAAAGAUAUCCUCUCCUCGUUAGAAACACUGCCCCAGAAUCCUCGCCGAUUCGACCCUUCGAAUCUGCGUCGAAAGAUCCUGCUGGUUUGGGACCAGAGAGCGAAGCCAGAAAGCCGAUUUACGUUACCAUUGAUCUUGGUACACUGUCUGAUGCCCGACUUUGCUACCGUCGCAAUCACAAGGUUCAUGCUCAUCGUCUUCCGUUACGCUCAGCCACUUCUCAUAAGCAAAAUCUUGCAGCUGUUGGCCGCAAACGCUUUGUGCGGACAAUCUUAUGAGCUCUCAAGCACCAUAGUCAUUAUCUCUACCGUGGUGUAUAUCGGACAAGCGCUCAAUCGUCUUGAAAUCAUGACCAAAGCCGCACUUGUUGAACUCAUCUACGAAAACACCCUCAAUGCACCUUCUACUACGCACAAAGACUACAGCGCCGUUACUUUAAUGAGUACUGAUGUUGAUGCGCUUGAAGAUUUCAGCGAGAUGUUCCACGAGUCUUGGGCUCAAGUGUUGGAAGUAAUUGUAGGUAUGAUUUUACUGGCUCAGCAGAUCGGAUGGUUCUGCAUUGUUCCGUUGCCAAUGAUUUAUGGCUGCUCCCAUAUGACUCGGUACGUAGCCCGGAACUUACGUCCCAAGCAACUUAUCUGGAAUAAAGCCACACAAGACCGUAUCAAUAGAAUCGUCUCUGUGGUUAGCAAGGUGAAGAUUAUCAAGAUGCUUGGUCUGACGAACGCCGUCAAGAGUCAGGUAAGCAAUUUGAGACAGGCAGAAAUUGGUGCUUCGAAAGAUAUGCGCUGGGUAUCCGUGCUCGCCAAUGCUAGUGCAAACGCGCUUGGUCUUUUCACGCCCCCGGUCACCAUCGUUCUGUUCGCUGCUGUGGGAAGCACGAAACUGGACGCAGAAACAGCUUAUACAACGCUUGCAGUGCUCACCAUGGUCACUCAUCCUGCGAACAUGAUCAUGACAAUUGUUCCCCGAGCAAUUUCAUCCUUGGCCAGUUCUCAGAGAAUACAGGAUUUUAUCAGCAAACCACAUUUCCAGGACAUCCGUCUGCACCAAGAAUGUCUGGUAGGAGCGACCUCGGUGGAUGCCAAUUCUCAAGUCGCAGUCGAGUUCAAGGAUGUCGAAUUGACGCUGGCAGGCUCCACAAAACCUACUCUGGCGAACGUCAAUCUUCGCAUUGAUCGUGGUUCUGUCGUUAUAUGCACUGGAUCUACUGGUGUAGGAAAGAGUAUACUAGGGCUAGCAGUUGCUGGAGAAGUUGUACCCCACAAGGGAUCUAUCUCAACUAUCAGUAAACGGACAGGGCUAUGUACUCAGUCGCCAUGGCUGCCAGGACAGAGCAUUUCCGAAACGAUUCAAGGCUCCUCUAGGAUAUCCGCUCUACAUGACGAUGCCUGGUACCAGCAAGUUCUUGAUGCUUGCUGCAUAGACAAUGACAUUCUGCUCAAUCCCGCCGCAAGGGACGCUGGCAUUGGGCAUGCAAGGCUCUCAGGAGGGCAGCGACAGAGAGUUGCUUUGGCUCGUGCUGUGUACCAGCGACAUGAUGUUCUCAUCCUCGAUGACCCUUUCUCGGCUCUCGAUCAACGUACACAGGAACGCGUGACUGGCAAUUUGCUAGGUCCUGAUGGUCUUCUCAAAAAAUCACACACGACAGUGUUUUUGAUCACGAAUGCUACUCGAGCAUUUUCUUUCGCAGACAAGAUUCUGCUGUUGAAGGAUAGCCGCAUUCAAUUUGAUGAUGACUACAACAGCUUCCACGCAUAUUCAGGUACACUGGCAGAAACAUUCGAGAACGAUGACAAAGCAGAGCCAGAUGACCAGAAGAACGCGCAAUUGGAUUCCAUCGAGAAGAGCAAGCUAGCUGCCAAAGACGAUCAAUCGUACAUUGACAGCAGAUCAGGCGACAUGUCAGCUUAUCGAUACUAUCUUCGGUCAGUCGGCGUGACGAACAUGCUCGCACUCUUGACAUGUACUGCGCUAUUCUCAUUCUUCUCAAUCUUUCCGCAGUACUGGAUCAAAUGGUGGACAGAAGCAGGGACUGGAAAAGAUGUCUUCUACGUCCUUGGCUACCUGCUAUCCGCUACUAUCGCCUGGGCGGCGACCAGCGGUACGCUAUGGGUCAACUUUAUCAAAUUGGCCCCUAGAUCAGGGGCUGUGCUACAUUCUAACCUUUUGAGCACAAUCCUGGGAGCACCGUUGUCUUACUUCAACCAUGACAUCGGAUCCAUAGUCAACAAAUUCAGUCAGGACAUAAAGUUGAUUGAUCGAGAUCUCCCAUCUGCGUUGGCAGCGCUGUGUACUCAAAUCUUCAAGAUCCUGAUGCAGUGUUCUCUGCUUCUCGCUAAUCAGAGACUAUUGGUAUUCACCUUGCCGAUAUACUGCUUGCUCAUCUACGCCGUUCAGAAAGUGUAUCUUCGCACCUCGCGACAGCUCAGAUAUCUAGAGCUUGAAUCUAAGUCUGCUGUCUACUCGAGCUUCCUCGAGACAGUCGAGGGUUUAGUCACCAUCAGAGUCUUUGGCUGGCAGCAAGCUUACCUUGAGCGGAACACAAGAAGUCUGGAUCUUUCACAAAGAGCGUGCUAUCUCUUCUUGUCUCUUCAACGCUGGCUCAAUGUGACUUUGGACUUGGCUGUUGCCUUUAUCGCUAUCAUUGUAAUCAGUCUUGCAGUGUUCUGUAGUACCGAAGACGCCAGUGCUGACGUGGGAAUCGCGCUCAACAUGGUCUUGGUCACCAACACCACUCUGCUGAGAUUGAUAGGGUCUUGGACGACAUUGGAAGUGUCGGUUGGCGCUGCUGCGCGUCUCAAGGAGUUGGAAGAUCGUGUGCCGAAUGAAGAAGACUGUGCAGUUGAGACUAUUGUGCCGCGUGAUUGGCCCCCCGCCGGGUCGCUCACAUUGAAAGGUGUGCGAGUGUCUUAUGGUACACGCACAGUUCUGGAGAACGUCGACCUAGAUGUGCAAGCUGGCAAGAAAGUCUUCAUCUGUGGUGAAACAGGCAGUGGUAAGAGCACUCUGAUUAUGGCGUUGUUGAGAUUGUGUCAAGUACAACGAGGCUCUAUCCAAGUAGACGGCGUGGAGAUCUCUCAGGCAUCUCCUUCGAUCAUCCGUGAGCGCUGCUUCAUUGCCGUGCCGCAAGAUGCAUUCAAUCAGCCUGAUCAAAGUUUACGCGAUAACCUCGACACACUGGACCACCACUCAGCUCAAGAAAUCAAGCAAGCAUUACAGAAACUACAUCUCUGGUCUCACUUCCAAGGUGCUAAUUCUGGCCUUGAAAAUGACGAGGAGGACAGUCGAGUGCUCGCGUUACCUCUCUCUUUCUUCUCACCACUGUCGAUGGGACAAACACAGUUACUGUCUCUUGCAUGUGCGAUGCUUAAAGUUAGGUAUCACGUCCGAAAGGGACGAAAGCCCAUCAUACUACUUGACGAGCCUGCUGCCAAUCUUGACGAGGACUAUGAGAGUCUCUCGUCUACGAUUAUUGAGGAAGAGUUUACAGAGAAAGGACACACUGUACUGAUGAUUACGCAUAGCUCCAGGGACCUGAAAGAGCGUGUUCGAGCAGGUAAAGACGUCGUUAUCAGGACACGCAAUGGGACGAUGAGUGUGGUCGCUGCUGGCGAAUAG